AUGUCGUCAGCUGAGCGUAGCAAGAAGAGCCACAAACGUAAAUCAGUGGCCGUGGAAGAUGGCAUGGAGGCUGGACCUUCUACCCUGAACGUCACCGUCACGGAACCGUCUUCAUCCCUUGGUCCAGUCUUUGUCAACUUCCCAUCUAUUCGGCCUUCGAAAGAUACUCCUUUCAGGCUCUACUCCCGUGAUGCCGACUCUGGUGAAGAACUUGCCCUUCAAGCAACCCUAUUGGCCGGCGACACUGAAGAUGUAGACUUUGUCUCUUCCAACAGGAAUCAUGGAGGCUCAAACGAGAGCUCGGAUUGCCAGUAUCUACCUGCUGUGUAUGAUCCCGACGCCGGUACGCUUCAAAUUCACGCUUCGUCCCCUCUAUACCUCAUGGUCCACCGCUCGAAACGAAUGACCAACGUCGCUCUCCAGAUGGAAAAAGCAGACGAUUACAGGACCAAGCGAAAUAACCUUGGAGAGGUUUUUGGGACGCGUAAAGCAAAGUCCCAGAUCCGGGCGGAGGAACGAAACAAGUUGAAUGCAGAUGCCAUGCAGGAUGUUAGAGGUCACCUGAUGGAGACCAUUGGUGCAAAAGAAGCUGAGGCUGAGGCCCUGCCGUCAGAGCUUAUACCGACCCCGAACACAUCUACGGAUGAUCCCGCCCAGGUCUAUCCCCGCGAAUCAAUGAUCAGCGACGGGGAAUGGAGCUGCAUCGAUGCAUCUACUUUGCUCAAACAGAAGGAUGACCGGAGCCGGGCGCUAUUGCUGCCGUAUCGUCGGAGCAGAUUCAUCGAGACUAAGAUGAGGGAGGUCUCUGGAUCCGCAAUCUCGUCAUCCCUCAAGAAGAGCUCAAUGCGAAUGUGCUUCUUUCUCUCCUCCCUUAUGGCUCUCAACGACCGGUCUGGAGACAUUGCUCGUUCGACGACUGCGGAACUCGGGUCAAAGUUCUCAGCGAUCCCUGCGCCAUUGCUGAAUGGUCUGCUCGAACGCUUCACCGAAUCUUUAGGGAAUAAGCGCAAAAUAACAGACAAGCUACAGACCAAGCUCCUCGCUUGGAUAUGCGUAGCAUACCUUCACCUGUCAGACUUCAAAGCAGACGUUACGUCCAUCGCAAAGGAUCUCAGCUUCCAGCCGGCAAAACUCAUCAACAUUUUCAAAUCACUCGGCUGUCGUAUCGACAUACCUUCGCCUGAGGAACGAGAGCAGCUGGGAGUGACCCUCGAUGGUGCCAAAGCUUUACGAAAAGCCGUCCUCAGAGCGCCGGUUCAGUUCCCUAAACCCAAGACACGAGCCCCCGCCAGAGGUAGACGAUAA